CCUCAGCUGGGAUAUGAAAAGCUCUGUCAGCCCCCAGCUUUCCUCAGAAGCCCUCUUGCAAGGCCACGAACAUGAGCCGACUCUGCCUCUCCAUCGCCCUCCUCGUCCUCCUGGGCACCCUGGUGGCCUGCACCCCAGGGGCUGAACACAAGAGCCGUGCCAGAGACCCACCGCCCGCCUUCUGCCUGGAGCCUCCCUUCAAGGGUCUCUGCAAGGCUAUCUUUAUCAGGUACUUCUACAACGCCACCUCCAGGCUCUGCGAGACCUUCAAAUAUGGCGGGUGUGACGCCAAGCAAAACAACUUCUUGACGUCAGAGGACUGCAUGAGGACCUGCGGUGGUGCCGAAAGGCCCUGGAAGGACCUGUGAACCGUGCUCCCCCAACAUGCUGAAGUCCAAGGAGGACCCACGCAGGGCUGGGCUGUGGCUGCUUCUGAAACAGUUCAGCCUCCCCGGCUUCCUUCUCAACCCCACCCUCCUCAGCAGAACGCUGCCUCUUUCCUCCCCCCAUGGGUCUAAUUGCUUUAGCUCUGUCUCAUCCAGUCGGCUCUAAGCGCCAUGAGAGACAGUCUUCCCUUUAUCCCUAGCGCUUAGCAUGGUUCCUGGCACAAAGGAGACGGUCCAUAAAUAUUUGAGGAAGGAAGGAAGGAAUGCAGGAGCACAUUCCUCAUGACUGGAGUGACUGCAGGGCCUGGGAUUUGAAGCAAGUAUUCUAACCCUAACCCUCAUCCUCACUGCAUCCUCACCUUCAUCCCCCACCCCACCAUCACUGCUCUCCUUGUGGGUAUCGUUGGUAGAAUUUCUGGAAUCUAGCUCUGAGAAUCAGUGAUGGCAGAGGUCUUUCCAUUAAAGAAGUCCCUUUCCCCCACUGCGAUGUUGAACAUUUUCCUAUCUGUCAUUUAAAAUUCUACAUCCUUAUAAUCAAUAAAUUAAUUUCCUAAUUGA